GCCAUAGACAGUAUCCACGGAGUGGGGAUCUUUUGUCUAGCUCUGGUGCCGGCCAACACCCUUCCCAAGACCCCUCUGGGGGGCAUCCACCUCUCAGAGAUUAAACAGCUGUACCUGGAGGGGGGGCUGCACCCGUGCAACGUCCUGAUGUGCCCCCACACCUGCGUCACUAACCUUCCCAAACCACGACAGAAACAGCCAGAGAUCGGACCCGCCUCUGUGAUGGUGGGAAACCUGGUGUCGGGGAAAAGAAUCGCUCAGGCCAGCGGCAGAGACCUGGGCCAGACCGACGACAACGACCAG